GUGAUCAUGACGACGUUGGCGUAUGUAGCAGUGGUCAUAUUCUAAUGAAUAAGUCUUUGGAGAGAGAAGGGAAAAGUGGUAUGUGUGUGUGAGAGAGAGAAGCAAAGGUCAAAGCGAGGCAGUUGAGUAAUUGCAACACCGUGGGGUGGGAAGAUAGUACUACCCAUUAUAUUGGCAAUUGCAUUGCAAUGCAUAGGUGUAAUCAUUUCGUGGAAGGGUCAGUGCAAACAAGAUCAGAAGCCUCCUCGUGAUUUUUUUAUCUGAGAAAAAGUGUUUUGGGUUUUCUGCUUUUUGGGGAUUUCAGUUUUUGAGUUGUGUGUGUGUAGUUUCUGUUCCCUUCUUUAUUUAUUUAUUUGUUUUCUCGUUGGCAACUCAAAGGUACAGCAACCACCAUAUAUCAGGUAGUAUUAUCAGUGUGUGACUCCUAAGGAAUUUGCAGAUCCCCUACACAUAUCUUCUUCGUCUUUUCCUUUUCUCUCGUGAUAUUCCUCUUCUCUCUCCCUUUUGCUCCCUCUGGUUUCUCUUUGGGUGGGGAGCAAAAAGGUCUUGCUUUUCUCUCUGAUAUACUAUGUAUGCAAGACACGGGCGAGAGGUGGAGAAGGAACUAUAGUUCUUGAGGGGAAGACGUAUAUAUAUGUACCCUUUUGGUGUUGAGGAACUAAAACAAACACAAGAAAAGUGAAGGUCUUUUUGACUCUACCAAGGGUACGUUUGGAUAUAUAUUUAGUUCAGGGAAAAAUGGGUAGUUGUGGAAGAGAAGGAUCAGUGAGACAAUAUGUAAGAUCGAAGGUUCCUCGUUUAAGGUGGACUCCUGAGCUGCACCGUUGCUUUGUUCAUGCUAUUGAUAGCCUUGGAGGCCACCAUAAGGCUACUCCGAAGCUUGUUCUUCAGUUGAUGGAUGUUAAAGGGCUCACGAUUUCACACGUCAAGAGCCAUCUUCAGAUGUACAGAAGCAUGAGGGGUGACUUGGGCAGACAAGGUAGGACACCCUCCCAACAUAGGAACCAAUCUUUUGAGGAGCAUGAUGAUGGAUGUGUUGAUGAAGGGAAUGAUGUUGGUGUUGAGUACUCUUGUUCGAAACCAAUGGGAAGAGAAUCUGAUUCCUUCUUCGGCCACAGUAAUCUCCCUCCAAAAAGAGCAAGAAUCGAGACGAGGAGUUCCAUCUCAGAGAGCCUGCAGUGCAGCCAAAGAUUAUGUGAUGCAGUUCAAAAUCCGUACUGUUUUUAUGAUUAUCUGCAACAGAAGAAGCCCAUGGCUGAUGAGCACAAGGAGUUCUCAACAUGGCAGCAGGCACAACCCCAUUCCCUUCUGUUUCCAGAAUUUCCCAACCACACUUCAUUCAAUUCUCCUAACCAACAAUCUGAUUUCCUUCAGGUUACUAAAUUAAAUGAAGGAAAGAGCACUUCACAGCCUAGUAAUGUACUUGUGAACACUACUACUGAGACAGCUAUUGCAGAAGUUGAAGAUGAAUUGUCAUUAUCGCUCACAUUGCCAAAUCCUUCACCUCAGAGUUCAGGCAGUGAGAUAAGUGAGGCAAUCUCAUCAUGCCCUGGGUUUGGCAACAACUACAAGGACUGCUCUAGUUCAUCCACUCACACUCUCAAAGAAAGAAUUAAUUUGGACCUAUCUUUAGCCCUAUGUGGCAAUUGAAUUUCAUUCUCUUUUGUAAAAUCAAUAGGUAUAAUCCACUGUAGCUCCUUUUCAUUCUCUUGACUAACAGUUUUGGUUAUUUUCUUGUUUCUACUACCGGGUACCUUUCCAAUCACCAUGUCAAUUAAUUAUAAUCUAUUUUUAGUA